GUCUAUUCGAGUUACGUCUCCGCUGUUAGCAACAGCGGUACGUCUUUUUUAAUCGCUGCGUUCUCAGCGGCGACGGCUGUGUGUCUAGCAGAGAGCGCGUGGUGAGGUUGUACAAAGAAAAGAGACGACUGCAGGGUGCCCUUUUGCAUUGUGCGCGUGAUCCAGCGUGCUUGCGGAGGCCUGUGUGUGUGUAAGCUCGCGCGUUUGUACAGUCGGCUGGAGAAGGUUCAUCGGCGGUCAAUGGAGAGAAUAGUGUGAAGCCUACCAGCGACGGCGCUGAAGAACAUCGAGAGAGGAGGUGGUGGUCGGAGUGGAAGUGCAGAACUACGAAAGGCGAGAUUGCAGGGACUCAGGUUAUUCUGCUGUCAUUUUUUUUCCCGCGCCGUCACGUUGAUUUCUUCUUCAUUUUCCUUUCUCUCCGUGCAACGACCGCUCCCUUCUUUCUACUUCGCUCGUUGACGGAAGGACCCGCAGCGGCGAGCGACAGCUUCCUUUACAAGCGCUGCGGAGAUAACGCCGCGUUAGCGCUAGCUUGGCGCCCAACGUAGGGCGCCCUUCGUCAGCGUGCGCCAGCGCUGAAUGCUCUUGACGACUGCUAUAAAGGGCAAUCGUGUUAUGGGCCAUGGACGGCACUGCAGGAGCGUGCUUUGGGCCAGCGGAGUCCUGGGCGGCAGGUGGUCGUUCUGUUUGCUGACGACGCUUCUUCUAGCGCGAAACGAGCAUGCGACCGCCAGGGGGCUCCAAAACCACUCGGAUCUCGCUGUCGUCGACCAACUACAUUCCUUCCUGUACAAAGGCAAGCCGGCGGGCUCCUUGUCGAAUGCGACGGGCACGGUUUCCUACGAGGAUGCGGACGGGCUUCUCCGGCGGCAGCCAUCGCCGGAGGAGGAAGGAGCCGGGAAUGCCUCGUCGUCGUACUCGUGGCAGCAGCAGCAGCAGCGCGCAACCGCUCUGUUGACGUUGCCGUGCGUGCCGCCAUCCAUCGACGAGUUCCCGCGGGACCCGUUCACUCAGGAACAGCGACUCCAAGGAUGGCUGGCCGUGCACUUCGUGGUGCUCGCCUACCUCUGCUGCAUGCUGGCCAUCGUGUGCGACGAGUACUUUGUGCCCUGCCUAGAGCGGCUGUCCGAUGCGUUGAAGAUAUCAUCGGACGUUGCCGGUGCUACGGUAAUGGCUGUGGGCACUUCGUCGCCUGAGUUGUACUCUGCCAUUAUUGGUUCCUUUGUCACGGAGGGAGACAUCGGCGUCGGCGCCAUUGUGGGCUCGGCCGUGUUCAACAUCCUCGGAGUCACCAGCGUGACCGGCAUCUAUUUACUCUACACGACGGCGCAGCUUGAGUGGUACCCUAUAGUGCGAGACUGCCUGCUCUACGUGGCCAGCGUCAGCGUGCUCGCAGCCUGCAUCGCUGACAGCACCGUCCACUGGUAUGAGGCUGCAUCUCUGCUGGUGCUCUUCUGCGUGUACGUCCUGGUGAUGCAUUACAACCCACAGCUCAAGAGUCUGGCCACCGCUCAGGUGGACGAGUUUGUGACGUACAUCAAGUCCGACAAGCCCGCAGAACGAGCAGGAAAAAGCAAAGCCGCAGCUUCACCGGCCGUAGCCGCCAGCGCUCCUGCAGUGGGCGAGGUCGCGGCACCCCUUCUGUCCUCCACCAACCACAUUUCGCAGUCUCCGCUCGAGUCUACUGCUGUUGUCUCGGUUGUCAUCCCGAGAAGCGGUAGCCAGACAAAAGUCGGGGUAGCCACCGAGAAAGGCUACGACGACGACGUUAGUGGCGGGACGCAUCCGUUGAUGGGGCCGGACCGUCACGCACAAGCCGUCGCGGUUGAGGUCAACGGCGAGGUCGAAGUGGGUUUCGCGAGGCCCUCAGCCCCUUCGGAUGCCGGAUCGGGCACCGACAAGUCCGGCCGCCGGGGAUGCCCGUCUCGCACCUGGUGGUUGGUCAUGCUGCCGGCGUCGCUGAUGCUUCGGGUCACGGUGCCGGACUGUCGGCGCUGGCCGCGCCUAUUCCCGCUCACCUUCAUCAUGGCCGUCGUCUGGAUAGGCCUACUGUCCUACCUGUGCGCCUGGAUGGUCACCGUCAUUGGUUAUACCCUGAACAUACCAGAUUCGGUUUCCGGCAUCACCAUUCUUGCCGCUGGAAUCAGCGUACCUGAAAUCAUCACCACUGUCCUCAUAGUGAAAAUGGGUUUCGGCAAUAUGGCAUUCAGCAACCUGAUAGGAAGCAACAUUUUCGACAUCCUGUUCUGCUUGGGGCUUCCCUGGUUCGUGAAGACCUUGUCCAACUCCGGAGGCCGGCUGCACAUCAACAGCGGCGCUCUCACUUACACAACGCUCACACUGCUGGGCACAACAGUGCUCAUGCUAGUCACACUGUGUGUCGCCAGGUGGCGCCUCAACUGGCGCGUGGGCGUCGUCUGUCUUGGACUGUACGUCGCCUUUCUGACGCUGGCGUGCUGCUACGAACUCAACUACUUCGGACCUUUCAACCCGCCCACGUGCAGAUAAUAACGCGGAGAUCUCAGUGCGGACAGGCGCAUCACGUGCACAGUGCUGGUUGAACUUCACAUAGCAACGAACCGGACUCGUUGGUGCAUCGUGUACCGUUUCAUUCGUCCAUGCGUUUCUUUCACAGCGCCUACCUCGUGUGGACAAGGUUACGCGUAUAACUUCCCACUGUAGGGGGCCACGAUAAUUAUGGCUGGCUCCUUUGAGCUGUGUUCAGUCCACAUGGAGAGUUUAUGGUGCUACGUGACUUCAAUCGCUUCAGCACGGCCGCUCGUGGGUUUAGGAUUCGCUCCUCAAAGACCUGCGACGAGUGUCAUGCCAGUUUGGUGCGGGACGCCGAUGACGUUUAAGAUGACGUACAAAUGUGCGGGCACAAUUACUCUGUACCGGUGCUAACUAUACUCGCUGGAAGGUGCAUAUUUGUGACCAGCGGACAAUUUACGUGUGUUUGUGCGCAAAUACCAUUAACAAACGCCCGGGGAAGCGUACGUUUGACAUUUACUUUGUUAUAUCCCAUAAUUCGUUGUAUCCAAAGCGUGACGUGAACGAACUGGGAUUAGGGCAUUGUUACGGGGGCUCAUUCACAGCUUGUGCCAGUGUCUCCGUCGUGAUCCAGUGUCACUCGGUGCAUACACCGCAGUGCCUCUGCUGUAAAGACAAAUUUUGGGGUUGUAUGUGCCAAAACCAUGAUCUGAUUAUGAGGUACGCCGUAGUGGGGUACUCCGGAAUAGUUUUGACCUCUCUAGAUUCUUUAACGUGCACCUAAAGCAUGGCGCAAGAGUACAUUUGUAUUCCGCCCCCCCUUCAGAAUGCAGCCGCCACGACCAGGAUGGUACUCGCGACCUGUGUCUCUGCCUUGAGCGUGCAACAGUGCGAAGGCUUAUGUUUGUUUUUUAUGGGAUCGGCGAGGGUAUGUAUGAUAUGGUAAACACCCGUGUCCUCGUGAGGCUUAUAGCGCGUGAAAAGACAAGGACGAAGGAAAAAGAUGUAAGCGAAAAAGUUGUAUAUAUGUGUGGGUCCUUUUCUCGUAAUAAAUGUUGUUGCAAGUUAGCGCCUGUGUGAGUCAUCUCUUCCUUCGUCCUUGUCUUUUCACGCGCUAUAAGCCUCACGAUGUCAUACCAACAAGCCCAAAUCGCUGCAUUACAGCAGCCAUGGCCGAAUUUGCAAAUAUCUUCGUUCGUAAGAACCCCUUUCAUUGGCCAACCGCCUUCACUAAAUGUGUCUUCACGAUCACGACUUGGCUGAUGCCUCUUUUUACGAACUCCGGUGGUGUACGAAUUGCUUUCUGCAUACGGGCAUUGAUAAUGAACCAUUAUCUGGUAAUGUUGUAUGUAGGACUUUUAUCGUUUAUGCUGGUGUGAAGUAUGAACGGAACUACUUGUUUUUCAACUCCUGUUUCGAACUCGCCGUUUUUUUCAUUUCGUAUACAAAUUGAUUUAUACCGUUGGCUGAAGAGAACUCUCCUGGAAAUUGACUUGUCGGCAAAGUAGUAGUUUCCAAGCUACACGUUAACAGUUCCUAUGCUUUGUACCUGCAGACCAGUGCUGACUUAAAAACAUCGAUUUACUCAUGGUUUGCACUUGAUGACCAAGUCGGUGGGUUUGCAUUUGGCUCAAGUUGCGAAUUUUGUCCUGCGAUACUAUCGUCACGAUGGAAAAUAUAUAGCUUUGAGUUCCUGUUACAAAUAACGUGUUGCGCUUAAAAAGCAGAUUUAACAUUUGGAGUCUGAGAUAUCGAAAAUUUUCGGCCAGAGCUUUCGUUCCCGUGGCCUGUAUAGCCAUUUGAGAACUGCAUGGUACUUAAGAACCAAAAUGUAGUAAAGUAUACUGAUAUAGUAUUGUUGGGCGAAGGUCGAUUUUAAACCACCAAACAAAGCACCGUACUGCCUGUUAUUAUACACUUUGGUAAUUUUGUGCAUACCCUUAUGUUCAUUGCAGUCAGGAUGAACCGCAUAUGAGGAGUAGGAUUACUUAGAUUGCAUUCGAGUUCGCGAUUGAAGAGGGACUCUUGGCUCUCGUAUUCUUUUCACUGCCAUGAUAAGCUUUGUUAGCAAUAUUUGUCAGAUCGAUUUAAGUAGGUGACGUUCAUUUGUAUACUCUUAAUUGUCUCUUAUGAAAUGUAGGUUUCGGGCUGACCAUAAUCCAACUAGAAUUCACGAAGGAGUUCCUUUUUUCUGUUCUAUUUGCUUUCGAUACAUGUUCAAUGACAAGACCUUGACUGUAAGAUGCGUUGUAUUAACUCGUGGCUAUCAAAAUGAAGUCGGUCGUAGCACUUUCAAACGUACAGAAUGUGUUAAAGGUUGAAACAAUAAUAACGACGAUGAUAACACCAGUAGCAGCCUAAGUAAGAACAGAAAGCUUAAGGUGGUGUUCCAGAUUAAGGUGGUGUUCUUUUUCCCUUCAUUGAAUUCCAAAGUACGACAACGAUAUUCUGUUCUUCGUUAGUGUUCGCGCGUAAAACGAGUGCCAGUGCAACUAAUAAAGCAUGGUCCAGUAUGAUGGAACGAUUCUAUUACAGUGCUGAUCUUUUUUUGCGCUUCGUAAGUGGUCCGUGCGGCGCUCCGCCCAUGUUAUCACCAGUGUCAGCCGGUCGUGAGUGGUGGGUGAUCAGAAAGUUAUAGAAUCAAGCAAAUGGGACUCGCUACAUUAAACCGGCCAUGGUUGCCGCGGAUGGUGCGCUAUGGGCAAUGACAGCUGGAACGGCGUGCUAGAAAUUGCGCUUGACAAACUGAGUGUAUGCGAAGACAACAGCAACAACAAAUUUAAGCAGACUCAACUCCAGUUGACAUCUGCGUAAUGCGAAACAUUCACAAUUGGAUCGAGAAUGGUUCUUACAAGUCUAACUAUUAUGCAGCAAAUUGCUACUGCUUUUGGAACGUGGAGCGCAUGAUGUUAGUUGAUGCGAAUUCAGUGACCCAAGUUUGCGUCAAAGAGGAUCAUUGAAAGAGAGAGAAAAAGAUAUAAAUGAAAAACAGGGAGGUUAACCAGGACUGAGGCCGGUUGGCUACUUAACACUGGGGAAGGAAAAAGGGGAGGGAAAGGUUAGGAGAACAAGAUAAAGUCUACUGUGGACAUCGACGACGUGGUAACUGUUUUUCGCUCUAUUACUGACGGUCACUCCAUCCGGUAGUUUUCAAAAAAGUCGCAGGAGCGCUUUUGUAGGCUUUUGUAGCUACCAUAUUCAAGGCCAUGGUCCCAAGAUCUUGUUCAAGAGGGAUCGUUUUUUAUCCAGCUGAUUUAUAGCUGUGAACAGGUCAUGUCUUUCGUUUUCAAAUGAUGGGCAGUAGCACUGUAGGUGUUCUAUGGUCUCCUCGACACCGCAGGCAUUGCACUCGACGCUAUCAGCCAUUCCAGUCAAACACGUGUAUGAUUUGGUGAAUGCAACGCCCUUCGGGAUCAGUCCAUAUUUUAGACUGCACUAUCUUUGGGAUCGGCCCACAUUAUUAGACCGCAUUAUUUUCGGGACCGGCCCAUGAAAACGGCCAGAUAGGAUAGUCGCCAGAUGGUCGUUACAGAAAACUAGGUUGAACUCACGAAUGAACGCUUGGCAUUAAAACAGUAGCCCGAAGUGAUACCCUGCAUUCAGAAUUUCUCAUAACCCUGCGAAGGUCGGCAGCGUGGCGGCCACAGUCACACUUCUUACACGCGACAUGCGAAGAGACAGCGGAUGAUGGACACGUCAACUCAGCCUUGAGGCAUCUGCGUCCAACGGCAGCUGGAGCAACUUUCAUAGCCAAUACAAUUCCACAUGUUGGUUGGUUUGACGGUUAUUGUAUUUCCUAAUGGAUAAUAUUUGGGCACACUUUUUUUUAAAUAAGAAAGUUCUCAUACUUUCGUAGUAUAGUAUUUGUCUUCAAUGCCGCCAACAGCCUAAUUUGAUGAUCGCCCUCGACUCCGACAAUAUAGUCGUUGCUUGUAUAGGAUUCCAGAGAGGUUUAUUUUGGAGCUUCUGCUCGUUAUAAUUUUUAUCAGCGAUCUCGUGCGUGGUUCGCGUAGCUCCCACAUGAACUCCGCUAUUCAAAAUUUGAUCGUUGGGAUAGGUAGCGUCGAGGACGGGCCCCAAAGUACUCGUUUGAUGUAGCCAGCCAUUGUUGAUAAUUAGAAAGUUAAUUACCGUAACUUCGCUAAUUACGCACGUAAGUGCGGAAAUUGCUCUGUAUCUAGAGGCCGCCAAUCCGUACACUCGAAUGGUAAACAUAACGCGACCAAGAUUUAUAUUUUUUGUCAUUUUAAAAAUUUGGUGCAGCUAAAAAAAAAAAAACCCUGUAUACAACAACAGGUCCCGCUCGUCGAAAGCAUCUCCUCCUCACAUCCUCUCAUCGCGAGCGCCUUCGUCCGUUCACUUAGCAGCGCCAACACCACUCGUAUUACUCACUCACGCUAUCGUAAAGUGCAUUUUUAACACGUUUUCCUCUAAGUACCCGUGAACGUGCUCAUCGCUGUCGCUCGGCAAAACGCGUGACAGCUAUAGCCUUCACCUUGAAUGACGCCAUAUUUUCUGUGCAUCACGUAUAGAAUGCCUGCGCGCAAAUGAUAUACGGAGUGAAACAGGAGGAAGUGCGACCUGAGGUUUGGCGGGACUGCUUUAAAUCAUUGUCAGAUUCGAGUUUAACGGGGGGUGGGGAGAACACGGUGCACUAAGAAAUGCGCUCCGCGCCAGGCUCGACAAACUGGACAACCAUCACACUACGGAAAUUAUUGGACCUCGGUCCCAGCCGACGUCUGGCCGCGUUGCUAUUAAAACACUCGGAUAAUAGAGUAAGAUGAUCCCGGGGGCUUGACUUUUUUAAAUACAAACAUACGAAGAAAACAGACAGUGAAGCCACAGAGGGCAUAGGGGACAUUAAGUGUGUGUUAUUUUAUUAAAACCAUCGUGACUGUAUCAAGGAGUGCAGUCGUGUCAGGUGCCCUUUUUCGUGCUUUUGCGGAUGUAUUCUAUUCCUAUCUUC